CUCUAAACGCAACAGCAAAGAGGGAUCGAUCGGUGCUUGGGGGAGAGACUGUGGUACCACAAGUAUACGGAGACAGAAUUGCUUCUGUAUGUCAGUAGAUUGUACGCACUGCAACUACUACGGUGGAUUUGGUGAGUUUGCUAACCCCUUGCAAUGGCCUCAGCUUCGCAAAAGGCGUCGCAUUCUUGCGUUGAUUCCCUUCCAAUCCGCCGUCAAAUUGUUCCAGCCUCUGCCUCCGCCGCUGCUGACGUCGUCGUCGUCGAGGAUUGGAAUAACGACGAUCGGCCGUUGCCGAUCAAGAAUUCCGUGAUCACUCCUACUGAUCCUUCCGCUAAUGCUUCCACGAAAGGAAUCCAAGUCCUCACAAGGGAUCAAACCAGUCAUCCUUUGGACCCGUUAUCUGCUGCUGAGAUCAAAGUAGCUGUGGCAACUGUCAGGGCUGCUGGAGCAACCCCUGAGGUCAGAGAUGGCAUGCGAUUCGUGGAGGUGGUUCUAUCAGAACCGGAUAAAAAUGUUGUGGCGCUUGCAGAUGCAUACUUCUUCCCACCAUUCCAACCAUCAUUGUUACCCAGAAGCAAAGGAGGAGCUGUAAUACCUACUAGACUUCCUCCAAGGAGAGCUCGGCUUGUUGUUUAUAAUAAAAAAACAAAUGAGACAAGUGUAUGGACUGUUGAACUAUCUGAGGUACAUGCAACGACUCGAGGCGGGCAUCAUAGAGGAAAAGUCAUUUCAUCACGAGUUGUCCUAGAUGUUCAGCCUCCUAUGGAUGCUGUGGAAUAUGCUGAAUGUGAAGCCGUCGUGAAAGAUUAUCCUCCCUUUCGGGAGGCUAUGAAGAAGAGGGGUAUUGAGGACAUGGAUCUUGUGAUGGUUGAUGCUUGGUGUGUUGGAUACCACAGUGAUGCUGAUGCUCCUAGCCGCAGAUUAGCAAAACCACUUAUAUUUUGUAGGACAGAAAGUGACAGUCCAAUGGAAAAUGGGUAUGCACGUCCAGUUGAAGGCAUAUAUGUCCUUGUUGAUAUGCAAAAUAUGGUAGUGCUUGAAUUUGAAGACCGUAAGCUUGUUCCCCUACCACCAGCUGAUCCAUUGAGAAACUAUACUCCUGGUCAUACAAGAGGUGGUGUUGAUCGCAGUGAUGUAAAGCCUCUACAAAUUCUUCAGCCUCAUGGACCAAGCUUCCGUGUUAAUGGGCACUAUGUGGAGUGGCAAAAGUGGAACUUUCGUAUUGGCUUCACUCCGAGGGAGGGUUUGGUAAUACAUUCAGUCGCAUAUGUUGAUGGUAGUCGAGGUCGAAGACCCAUUGCUCAUAGAUUGAGCUUUGUGGAGAUGGUUGUGCCCUAUGGUGACCCAAAUGAUCCACAUUAUAGAAAGAAUGCAUUUGAUGCUGGGGAGGAUGGCCUUGGGAAGAAUGCUCAUUCUCUUAAGAAGGGAUGCGAUUGCUUAGGAUAUAUCAAGUACUUUGAUGCACAUUUUACAAACUUCAUCGGAGGUGUUGAAACAAUUGAAAAUUGUGUAUGUAUGCAUGAAGAGGACCACGGAAUCCUCUGGAAGCACCAAGACUGGAGAACUGGCUUAGCAGAAGUUCGAAGAUCCCGGCGACUCACAGUUUCUUUUAUAUGUACUGUUGCAAACUAUGAAUAUGGUUUCUAUUGGCACUUUUACCAGGAUGGAAAAAUUGAAGCUGAAGUCAAACUUACUGGAAUUCUGAGCCUAGGAGCAUUGCAGCCAGGAGAAGUUCGAAAAUAUGGCACUACCAUUGCACCAGGGCUGUAUGCACCAGUUCAUCAACAUUUUUUUGUUGCUCGAAUGGACAUGGCAGUUGAUUGCAAGGCUGGAGAAGCAUACAACCAGGUUGUUGAAGUUGAUGUUAAAGUUGAAGAACCAGGAAAAGAUAAUGUUCACAAUAAUGCAUUCUACACACAGGAAACACUUCUUAAAUCUGAAUCUCAAGCGAUGCGGGAUUGUAAUCCAUUAUCUGCUCGUCAUUGGAUUGUUAAAAAUACAAGAACUGUAAAUAGGACUGGACAAUUGACCGGGUACAAGCUGGUACCUGGUUCCAACUGCUUGCCUUUGGCAGGUUCVGAAGCCAAGUUUUUGAGAAGGGCUGCUUUUCUGAAGCAUAAUCUGUGGGUUACACCUUAUGCAUCUGGUGAGGAUUUUCCUGGAGGAGAGUUCCCUAAUCAAAAUCCAAGGGUUGGCGAAGGCCUGGCCUCAUGGGUCCAGCAAAAUCGAUCUCUUGAAGAAACCGAUAUCGUCCUCUGGUAUGUAUUCGGUAUCACUCAUGUUCCUAGGUUGGAAGACUGGCCAGUAAUGCCAGUGGAGCGGAUCGGGUUUAUGCUUCAGCCACAUGGGUUCUUUAACUGCUCCCCAGCGGUAGACGUUCCACCUGGAGCUUGUGAGUCAGAUGUGAAAGAUAGCAGCAGCCAUGUUAAAGACGCAAUUGCUCCGAAGGCGGUUUCAAAUGGCUUGAUAGCAGCCAAGCUUUGAUUUGGCAAAUAUUUUAGAUUUGGUGUGUGAACCAGUACUGUACAGUCUUUUUCUUAUGAUUGGGUUUUUAUACCUUUUUGUUAAUAAGUUGCUAUUUUGUUUACAAAC